AUGCGCCGCCUGCUCUUCCUCCUCCUCCUCCUCCUCUCCCUCUCGUAUGAAACCUCCUCCGCCGCCGCCGCCGGCGGUGGCAGUUGUAGCGAUCGACGGUGCGGCAACACCUCAGUGCCGUACCCUUUCGGCUUCUCCGGCGAUUGCCCCAUCCUCCUGGACUGCAACGCCACCUCGUCCACGCCGCUCCUCCUGACGAACAGCACCACGGACGCGCCGUACCCGAUCACCUCAUUCAACUCCAGAGACUCCACCUUCGUCGUCUCCGUCGAGCCCUCGUGCAGACGCACCGUCCGCGAGGCACAGGCGUCGCUCACCGGCGCCUGCUACGGCGUCUCCUCCCACACCGGGCUGUUCCUCCGCGGGGAUCGCUGCCGCAUGCCGGUUGCGUCCAGCUGCAGCGUCAGGGACGACGUUCUGUCGAGCCUGUUCCCCGCGGCGCAGUGCGGCGCCGGCGGCGGCCGUGGCAACGAUUCCGCCUCGACGUGCGUGGCCUCGCGGCCGCCGGCCCCGAACAGCACAGCUGCGGCGACGGCCGAGGAGGAUGGCCGGUUCCUGUUCCUGCAAUGGAAGAGGGUGGACGACGCUGGGUGCGAGGACGUGACGUCUGCGGUGUAUGCGUACACGCCGCCGGAGGGGGUGGCCUCGGUGGAGUUCGGCGUCGCGGAGCUGGGAUGGUGGCUCGACGGGAGGUGCAACAGCACCUCCGCCAACGCCAACGCUACCGUGGUUCGCUGCGCGCAGAACGCGACGUGCCACGACGUCGAGACGCCGAGCGGGGCGUGGGGCCACCGGUGCGCGUGCGUGGACGGGUUGUCCGGCGACGGGUUCGCCGCCGGCGAUGGAUGCCACUUCGGCGUGGGUGAGUUCUUCCUGAUCAUUAUUUGUUGCUCCGAUCCAGUCGGAGUCUCGCAGUCUGACGGACGGAUCCACGCGUGCCACAGAGGAUCCCGUGUGGGUGGGGUGUUGGUGAGCGGGGCCUGGCGUGCCACGUCAGCGGGGCCCGGAAGUCUUCCCUGCGGUCAAUCACGCGCGAGCUAG